AUGUCCGAAUUUCCACCACUACUGCACGGCUUUUGAUCUCCACCCCACGCAGAUCGUGCAAUUGAUACCAUUUCAUCCCUAUUACCGUCAUAAUGGCUGGCCCAAGUAAAGAAUUUCCCCGCGUGCGGGCAUGCCUCUUCGAUAUGGACGGCCUGUUGAUCGACUCCGAAGACAAGUACACCGCGAUCACCAAUGCCGUCCUCCAGGAAUACGGGAAGCCCACGCUCCCAUGGUCCAUCAAGGCCCAGCUCCAGGGCCGUCCGCAGCCAGAAGCCAGCCGGAUCUUCCACCACUGGGCGCAACUCCCUAUCACCCCCGACGAAUACGCCACCAAGACAGCGGCCCUGCAGUCCAAGUUCUUCCCGGAAUCGCAGCCCCUGCCCGGCGUGCGAACGCUUCUCGCCAAGCUCCUCUCGACACAGAGCACCGACCGCCCCGUGCACAUCGCGCUCGCCACGUCCUCCCACAGCAAAAAUUACCAGCUGAAGACCGACCACCUGCAAGAUGUGUUCUCGCAGAUCCCGGCCUCGCAGCGCGUGCUAGGCGAUGACCCCCGCAUCGGUAAGGGCCGCGGGAAACCGCUCCCGGAUAUCUAUCUGCUGGCGCUGGAGACUAUCAACACCAAUAUGCGAGAGCGCGGCGAGCCCGAGAUCACGCCCGAGGAGUGCCUCGUGUUCGAGGACGCCGUGCCGGGUGUGGAAGCGGGGCGACGUGCGGGCAUGCGCGUGGUGUGGUGUCCCCACCCGGGUUUGCUGGAGUCGUACAAGGGUCGGGAGGCCGAAGUCCUGGCGGGUCUGACGGGGGAGCACAAGGAGGAGGAAAAGACGGCGCCGGAGAAGGAGGCCGAUGAGUUGAUCGCGGGGAGGCUACACGCGCGGGGGGCGGGCAAGCUCGGGGAAAUGAAUGACGGGUGGGGCGAUCUCUUUUCCACCCUGGAGGACUUUCCUUAUGCGAAAUAUGGCAUCUGUCCCGUAUAAUCUGGCGGCCUGUUGUGACUGUAUAGAGAGGUUGGCUUUACGAGGGAGGGGUCAUGCACGACUGUGAUGAUAGAAAUUUAUGUCAAUG